CUAUUUAAAAACAAUCAAAUCAAAUAAGUAGAUCUAUGUGGAUAAAGCAUGGAUUUACUGUGUACUGAAAGCAUAUUGACUCAUUCGGAAAUAUCGUUAAUUGGGUAUAAUAACCAAACAGCACAAAAUAUUACAAAACAUAACAUCAAAUGUAACUCCUUUUGCGAGCCUUUGUCUUAUUCAUCCGCAUGCUUUUCGACUAUCAAAACAGGCAACACAGCCUCCAGUGCCAGAGUCAACAUUGCAGCGAAUUCCAGCGUACCAAUCGCUUGCAGUAUGAGUGAUCUUAUGUAUGUUUUAUCUUCAGUUGCAACUCCUGCAAAUGCAACCAAAUUAACAAAGCAGAGAAGAAGUCAAGUACUGUGUAAAGUUCCUCCACAUCGCUCAUGUAACAACACCAAGUGGGCGUGUACAGCAGUAAUAAAAAAAACAGAUGCUGCAAACGAUCACCAUUUGAUUUAUGAAAAUAUGGUCGUUUCUGACCCCAUUUUUAAAACUGACCGUUGUUUAAAAAAUGCAUUAAAAACUGAAGAAAAAGAUCAAUAUAUCCUUGGAACAUAUUUUAAAACUGUUCAAAAGGACAUUACCCCGGCUAUGCGCAAAAUUGUAGCUCAGUGGAUGAUGGAGGUGAGUAGCUACUAUACGUUCUAAA